AAUCACCGUUGGGGGCCGCCACUCGAUGAUUCUAACAAUUUAGCUUCAACGGUUUACGUAUUUCAACGCGUACGCUAAUUUCUAACCUAAUAUCAAUGUCAUUUGUGUUGCUUUACGUCCAUAUGUACUUUCAAAUGGUUUUUAAAUCAUUUACAACUUGUUAGCAAGAUCAUGUAAAGAAAAAUAGUUUGUGUUGAAAGAUAGCGUAUAAUUGUACACAAAAAUUCAUAAUGAUAUAAUGUUUAAGAUGAAAUCUUUUAAAGUUAAGAGAAGAUUCAAUGAAUAUCCAGGAUAAUAUAAACAUUUUUGAUUAUUAUAUAUACAUAAUAAAGUGAACGAUUCACGAUCAUCACUAUGUGCGGAGACGCCCACAUCAAAGAGCAGUGGCAACUUUUACAAAAUCUUCGAUCUACGGUAGAAGGUUUAUUAGUCGAUGGUGUUUUAAACGUAUGGAAUGUUUACGGUGGUUUAAAUCGUCUUCACAAUGUAAUGGAAAGGAUAUUCAAACAUGGCUGUCGAAUAUUUAAUCGAAAUGGAGAACCAGAUUGUUGGAUCUUUAUUCAAGGAUUAAAUUGGCUGCAGCCUUCUGCAGCAUUGUCACCUGUUGUUUCUGAAACAGAGGAUUAUCUUUCCAAUUUACCAACUAGGAUCAUAUCACAUAAAGAUAUGUUAUGGUUAUAUAAAAGUUUGGAAAGUCAUUCUUUGUCAUAUAAGCUAUCAUGGCUUUUGUCUGACAAAGAACAUUUACUUUCUUGCUUUGAACCAUGGGCAUUUUUGUGUCAAGAAAACUUAGCUGAAGCCACACUUCUUUGUUUAAGAGCAGUUGAAAGAAACCAAUCUACAUUACUUACAGAAAUUGAUCCAUCUUUGUUUUUACCUUGUUGGAUUUCUCCUAAAACAAGUCCAAAAAGACAUCGUCGAUCUUCCUCAUAUCCAAUUAAUUUCUCAGCAAUAAAUUUUAGUGUUGCAACAGAUAGAGCUGUGCAUAUUGAAAGAUGUCAAUUAGAAUCAUUAAAAAUAGCUUCAGAUUGCAAAACUGUGCAACAUGAUGAUGUUAAAUCCAACGAAAAAAAUGAAGAUAACCCAUCAAAUUCUAAAGAAAUUAAUGAUAUACCUUUGAAAAGUUGGAGUAGUCUUUCAGCAUUGACAAAAAAUUGUACAACUCUUAGAAAAACUGUUUCUGUAGCUUCACCAUAUGUUGCGAAGAACAAUACACAGAACAGUAAUUAUUCUCAAACAUCUUCUGUCGAAUUAUCAAAAAUAAUUAAUGUAAAUUAUGCUGAAUUAAAACAAUCAAAUGCGGAUAAUAAAUUACUUGUAAAGCCAAGAACUCCUCUAAGAAAGAUAAAAAAUAAAACUAAGAUGAAACAGUAUCAAAGUAUUAAAAAAUCUAGCGAAGAUUCUGAUGUGUUAAACAACGAGGAUGCAUUGAUAGAUGCAGUCGAAGAAUACCGAAUCCCAUCUCUUAUAUCAAGUGAAACAAAUUCAGGUAUGUGUAAUACAAAUUCCACAGAAAUUAAGAUUUCUCAACAGCCAAGAAGGAAAACUUCUCUUCUAUCAGGAUCAGCACCUGAAUUUACUAGUCCAUGGAAUUUAGAAAUUGAAGGGCAGAAGGAUAUAAGAACACCAAAGAAGAGUUUCAUGGAAGAUGGAGGAAGCAGUGUUCAACCUAUGGCUAUAGGAUACUUUCCACGUCCAACAGAAGGUCAAAGUUUGACAAAUUUUUUAGCUUCUGCACAAUUUUCUAGAGCAAAUGCUGAAUUGGAUAGAGAAAAUGCACAUUUCAGCGUUUCUGAAGCUAUGAUAGCUGCCAUUGAACAAGUAAAAUGUAACAAACAAUGGCGCCUUGUGGAAGAAGCAACUGAAGAAAGUGAUGAAGAAAUAAAUAGCUUAAAACAAAGGAUACGAUUAAGGCGCCGCCAACGACAAGAAGAACGGUACAAAGGAAGGACGUGGAAUCGCGAUUUAUUGAGUGAUGGCAAGACGGAUACAACAACCACUGAUCAAAGUGUUAGUCCAUUAUCAACUUCGUCUGAUACUCCAUCAGAAAAUAUGUCAACAGAUGAUAUAGAAGAUUUAGAAGUGGAUGAUGAGCGAAAUGCAGUAAAACUUAAGAAUGCUGGAAUUUCCAUAUCCAUGGCAUCUUUAUACUCAGAUGCAGAUUUAUACCAAUCAUCUCCUGCACAUGGAACAGAAUCAACAUUAACUGAAAGUAGCAUGUCCGCGGAAGGAGUAGCUUUGUCGCUUCUUAGCAAAUUUAGUGAAAAACAAUUACCAAGAGCGAGUGAAUUACAAUGGCUGGUCUCUGAAAAGGAUGUACCACAAAGAUUGUUACCAUUACCAAAAAGUUGGCCAAUAAAUCCAGAUGAUACAGAAAAUUCACAAUCAAUUCCAUUGCGUGGGACGACAGAAUGGGCUCCACCAAGACCUCAAAUUAUUUUUACAUCACAUCCUCCACCAGUGCGACGCACUCUUAUAGCUAAACAGAAUUAUAGGUGUGCAGGAUGUGGAAUGAAAGUUGCAAUAAAAUAUGCCAACAAAUUUCGUUAUUGUGAAUAUUUAGGUAGAUAUUUCUGUACUGGAUGCCAUACGAAUCAAGUAGCAUUAAUACCAGGAAAAAUUUUAUCUAAGUGGGAUUUUAAUAGGUACUCCGUAUCAAAUUUUUCAUAUAGAUUGUUGGAUCAAAUGACAUCAGAUCCAUUAUUUCAAAUAAAUGAUUUAAAUCCAUCAUUAUAUAGACGAAUAAAACAAUUAACUAGGACAAGAUUAUUACGUUCACAAUUAUUUUUCUUUAAAGAUUUUCUAUUUACAUGUCGAUUUGCGACAAGUGUUCAAGAUGUUUUGAAGAAGGAACCAAAUUACAUAAUAAGUGAACCCCAUAUAUAUUCCAUUCAAGAUUUGAUGCAUGUUAAAUAUGGUAUUUUGCCAAUGAGAUUACAAGAAUUGGUUGAAAUGUGUAAUAUGCAUAUUAUGAGCUGUGAGUUAUGCCAAGCUAGGGGAUUUGUAUGCGAGCUAUGUCGUUCCAAAGAUGUUAUAUUUCCAUGGGAAUUCUCAAAAGUUAGUAGAUGUGAAAUAUGUGGUGCAUGUUUUCAUAACGAAUGUAAGCAGAAUUUUAAUAAAGCAGAUUGUCCACGCUGCAUUCGUUUACAUGAUAGACGAAUGUCUAGAGAACAAUUUUGACAUACGGAGUGUGCGAGAAUCCGAUGGUCGGGACGAGUCGGGUCGAGUCAGGUUCCUGAAAAUUUCGAGAUUCCCGAAGGAAUCGGGUUUCCCGAAAAUUUCGAGAACCCGGCUACCGUUUCUUGAACUAUUCUACAAUGCUGUAUAGCAGCCUACAAAAUAUGUAAAUACACAGUUUAAUUUCUUCUGCCAGUGAAGUUAUUGGAAACACGGAUUCUAAGA